AUGCUCCAGCUUAUUACUUCACCUGCUAUAUUCGUUACUUCGACCAUCAUCCCACUCCAGAUUACGAUAGAACAUCUAAAUUUGGGAGGUAAUGGGCCUGACUCAUUUUCGAUGUACGUAUUUCUUCUGAAAUAUUGGUGUUUGUACACUAUGAUAAGGUCGAUUCCCAACCCCUUGGUCUAUCUUUUCCAAUCGUUGCCACUAUCCAAUGUAGUGGAACUAGGAGCAUGGGUAGUGCUGGUGUGUGAAAUUUUGGGCCGUUUCAACCUGUUAGAGAUCUCCAGGGGUUACGGGAUUAGCACACAUACAAAACCCGCUAGUACCGCUCGGACAGGUUGGAUGAGCUAUUUUCAAUCGCUUACAACCCCUCCGCUAACAGACCGAUAUGUAUUUGGGCAGCUCACGAUAAUGAAUCUGCGAUUUGUGGAAAAUUGGCCUUUCAAGUUACAGAUUUUGGAUUCAAGCUUUAAAGGAUCUAUUGGGUGGAUAUUACGAUUCCAAGGUACUCCACUUAAAAACCAGGAGUCUGCUGAUACACGUUCUUGGAAGUGGGGUUACCAGUGGCUUGCUGGACAAGCCAUUCAAAAGGCGGUGGGUGGCGAGGAGGAGUAUGAUUUAUUGGAUGAUGUUAUUCAGGACAUUAAAAAGUCGUAA